AUGGCUGGCGAAAACGGCAUUCCCAACGCGGCAAAACACAUCGUCGAUGCCGUGAUGGAAUUUCGGCCAGAUGGACCGUUGCACCUGGGUGGGUUUUCCGGUGGCGGCAUGUUAGGUUACGAAGUGUGCCGUCAGCUGGCUGAUCUGGAUCGCCGAAUCGAUGGUUUGUUAAUCAUUAAUAUCUGUUUACCCCGAACCCAGAUCGAAGCCAGCCUGGUUAAAGUGAAGCCCGAAGACGGUUGGAAAAUUUUCCAGGCCAUGGCGGCACAGGAGCAAUUUUGGAACUUAAAUUCGCAAUCCCUGCCCAUGCAGCAUCUGUUGGGCUUGUUCAAAGCGGUGGCCAGCUACCACCCCGAACCCAUGACCGAAAGGCAGCGACCGAAAAAGACGAGCGUCAUCUGGGCCGAGAGAGGCAUGGGUCGUCGGUGCGAGGAGAAACCGGAGCUAAAGCGCAAAAUGUUGGAGAUGGGGUUCCCGGCCGAAGCUUAUCCGGGGUUUAUGGAAGAUCCGAAACUGGGUGCACUUGCCUGGGGCUUUGUUGACAAGCGUGGUUCCGAGGGUGCGCUUGGUCCUAAUGGUUAA